UUCUUAACCAACCCCCGGCCCUUUUUCCUCGCUUCAAAUCCUCUUCUCCCCCUUCCCUUCCCUUCCCUUCCUCCUCGCCCCCGAGAAGCUCACGCAUCCCAACUCUAACCAUACGCAGACGCAAGGCUUCAAUGGAGCCGUGCACCAAGCAGUUCCUCCCCAUGCCUCCGCAGGACCCCAACUCCCCGUCGUCCUCCACCUCCUCUUCCUCCUCCUCCUCCACCUCGCCGUCCCACCCCUACCACCGCGCGCAGCCGCCGCACCCACACAACCUCCCGCCCUCGCCCAGGCCCGUCCCCCGCACCAUCGAGACCACCCCGUUCCCCACCACCUUCGUCCAGGCCGACACCACCUCCUUCAAGCAGAUCGUCCAGAUGCUCACCGGCUCCGAGCAGUCCUCCAAGAGCGCCGCCGCCGCGGCGACGACCAACGGCAGCGCCGGGAACCAGGCGGCGAGCGGGAGCGGGCCGUGCCGCCCGAAGAAGCCGUCCUUCAAGCUGUACGAGCGGCGGAGCAGCCUCAAGAACCUCAAGAUGAUCGCGCCGCUGGCCAUGGGCGCGCCGCCGUCGCCGAGGAACGCCUCCGCCGCGCCGGAGAUCCUGUCGCCGAGCGUCCUGGACUUCCCGUCCCUGAAGCUCAGCAGCCCGGUGACGCCGCUCACCGGCGACCCCUUCUUCCCCUCGCCGGCGUCGUCCUCGGGGGACGCCGCGGAGCGCGCGGCCAUCGCCGACAAGGGCUUCUUCUUCCACCCUUCGCCGCGGGGCGCCGAGCCGCCGCGGCUCCUCCCGCUGUUCCCCGUCAGCUCGCCCAGGAUGGCCGCCGCGUCCGCGACGGCGGCGCCGGCCGAGUGAGUGGCCCAAAGCCUCCGCCUUUGCGCGCGCAUCCUGCUCAGCCAGCCAUGAAGUACUCUACGACUUCUACUAUCGUCGCUGUAUCAUCGCCGUCCUUUGUUCGCAGUUCUAGUUCCAUAGUAGUAAGUAAGGUGUUUGCUGUGUCGUUCUUCGCCGGCGCCGGCGCCGCCGCUGUUGUAAUUUUUGCUCCCUUCUUGAAAGGAAGAGGGGAGUUGGUUCUGUUUUGGGGCUGCGACUCGAUUAAUCGAUUAAUUACAGCUUCAUUUC